AUGAAGCUGGUUAGAUUCCUUAUGAAAUGCGCCAACGAAACCGUGACGAUUGAGCUUAAGAAUGGCGCCAUCGUCCAUGGCACCAUUGCUUCCGUCACUCCGAAGAUGGACACGGCUCUGCGUAACGUCAGGUACACGCCCAAGGGUGAGGAGCCCUACUCCGUCGAGUCUCUCACCGUCCGCGGCAACACUAUUCGCUACUACAUUCUUCCUGAUUCUCUACCUCUCGACACGCUACUCAUCGAUGACGCGCCGAAACCCAAGAACAAGGCUCGCAAGGAGGCCGAUCGUGGCAGGGGCCGCGGCCGUGGUAGGGGAGGCCGUGGCGGCCGCGGUGGCCGCGCCCGCGGCCGCUAA